AGUUUAAAUUAAAACUAAAUUGAAAUUUCUCGAUGUGUGUGUAAACGAAAAUAGAAAACUAUCGGUAGUUAUAUUACAGAAGCAGAAAUGAACACACGGCCUUCUUCUAGUUAUCAUACUUUCCGUGAGUGAACAGUAUUAUCUAUUUUAAAACAUUUGAUAACGUUAAAUUAUUUAAUUUACUUUUGAUUGAUUUCUCGUAGUCUCGGUUGAACGUCGUUGGUGCCAACAAGUAUUUGUGAGUGAAUGUGCGGCGUGCGUUAGUGUGUCUACAGUGAUUUAAAAAAAAAAAUUAAUGUUGGUUCAAAUGUGUUCUAUGGACUACGAAAUGUUGGUGUCUCACAGUCCUCCAGUAUUUAGCCACAGUCCACCAACUGGUUUUCUCAAAGACUACGCAGCUUUAAGAUUAGGUGCAGAUUUUCCUAGAGCAACUUACACUUCAAGUACUUGCAGAUCCUUGCAUCAUUCAAAUUCUUUCAAUACUCUACCCAAAACUUCUUUCAAAAUGCCUGCAUACCCCAAAAGACCUUGCUUAGUAAUAAGAGCCACUGAAGAAUCAUCGAGCUCUAGCGAUGAAGAUCCUACGAGUCCAACGAGAUUGAAAAAAAAGGUGGUAUUUGCUGACGAUAAAGGUAUGUCCCUAACUCAUGUAAGGGUCAUGACUGAACCGUCUCACGUCCCACCACUCUGGAGCUACAGAUUCUUAUCUAAUGUUACUCAAGGACUGAAUAAAGAAACCGUUGGAGAAAUACAUAAUUGGGAGAUAACUUUUCCACAGCCCGCUUCUGAUUAUGUGGCGUUUAGAAAAAGACUAGACACAGAAAACGUAUCUCUGGAAAAUGUUAUCAUUAAAGAAGCCGAGGAUAACAUAUUGGGUACCAUUAAAGUCAGGAAUUUAGCAUUUCACAAGGAAGUUUUUGUUAGGUGUUCAUCAAACGAAUGGAGGAGCCACGAAGACUGUUUCUGUACAUAUGUACCAAAUAAUAUGAAUACCAACAUUAACGUGCUCUAUGAUACAUUCUCUUUCAAAAUUCAGCUUCCAGUUAAUGCCAAAAAGCUUGAGUUCUGUGUUUGCUUUAAAUGCGAAGGAAAAGAAUAUUGGGAUAGCAACGAUAGUAAAAACUAUACCAUAGUAAAGAAGUCAUCACUAAAUAGAUCUUUCUCAAAUGAUGAUAUUUUCAAAAGAAAAGAACAAGAUACUCAGGGUCUCUAACAAAUCAAAUAUCCUGCGAUAUUUCAGUUUUCCCAAAAAUUAAGCUGAUUUUUUAUUACUAUUAGAGUCUUCUACUUCUUCUGCAUUUUCGUCACAUAUUUAAACACAAUAGAAAUAAUUAAUUACUUUAUAGGCAUCAGUACGAAAAUGUAAUGAUAUAGUACAAGCAAAAAUGGAAUCAUGGUCGGAGUUUGCUAGUUGGACACAUUUAGAAAAUAACAGUCCAUACUGGUAAUCGACGAAUAUUAUUUCUACUUUUCGUACAAAAGCAAAGGCAGCAGGUUGCAAGGAUGUAUAAUAGUUAGUAUUUUACCAUUUUAAGAUAUAGUCGUUAUCCAUUCGUCAGUAUACUCAAAUAACUAAUCACACAAUAUUUUUGAAUCUUUUAUACCAAACUAAAUCAUAUUUUAGAUUACUGACAAAUGUAUCUAUAAUGCUACGUUCAUUUUUCAUCAUUAAAUACUUUCAUCAAAUAUCAUAAUAUGCAGUUACUGCUGCUUGCAACAUUCCUUACUUUCCUGUCCAAACUGCUCGAUAAUUCGGACAGAUGCCACUAUGAGUGCUCAUUAUAAACUAAUUUUUCAUUGUUAAUCGUAGGUAUAAAUCUUUUACCUCUAUGUGAGAUCAAAAUGUUCGUUACAAAAAUAUGUUUUAAUGUAUACCCCAACAGUAGUUGCAAAUUAUUUAAUAAAUAAUAUUUAUUAUAAGUAUUAUGGGCGUUGAAAACAUACAGUUAAUCUUUUAAAAUGUAAUUUCUUUCAAUUAGUUUCGUAUCUAGCAACUUAACAAAAGUGAAGAUGUAUCAGAAAUGCUUUGAAUCAGAAACAACUGCUUACCUUUCUCUAUGAAUCGUAAAUAGAUUCAGGGUACAAAACGACAUAAUUCUGACCUUAUUUUUUGCAAAAGAAGAAGAUUUCUAUUAUUUAUUUCUACUUUUUUCAAGUAUUUUGAUAAAAUGUAAACCAGUAUCUAUUAGGGCCUUUCAAAGACUUGCUUGGCUAGGAGCAAGACAUGAUCAUAUGCAGAUAAAGCUCGGCUUAUCAAUUCCUGUAAGAUCUCAUAAUUACAACUUUAUUGGUUUGAUGCAAUUUCUGUUAACUACAAGUUGCAAUUCAAGGAGAUUCCAGUUCAUUUUGGUUUACUAAAAAGUCAAAUAUCAGUUACAUCAGCUUAUUGAUUGGAGCAUUCAAAACUACUCUUUUGAAUCUAACCUUGCCGAGUCAUAUUUCUUCAUUUAUUUCAAAGGUUUUUCAAUUCUAUUUCUUUUAUUGAGACCAACUUUUCAUUCAACAAUUGACCAAAGGUCGGUUAGAUUAGUUGAUUGAUUAGUGCACUUUUGUAAAGUAACGUGUUCUGUGAUAAAUCUUAUUUUUUUACUCAUAUUUUGUAUUCCCGGCAUUUAUUUUAAAAAUUUUUAUUCACUUUUUAUUAUUAUUAUCGUGGCUUAGAAUGUUUUGCAGGAAGUAAGUAGAAGACAAGAAAACGUUUUCGUUAUUGGCAGCCAUCAUGCAGUAACAAGAGAAUUUGAUCAUGUGACACCACUUGCAAAAAUCAUCAUGUGCAAUAUCUUGACCUUGCUAGAAAUUGCAUGCAGUUUCUUGCAGGUUGUUUCCCUUCAUGUAAAGUAACCUUCAAGAAAGUCUCAUGAACUUAACCCUACCAUUUCAAAUAGCCGAUCUAAAUGUAAAGACAGAAUUUCACUAUUGGUAUGGAAUAUAUUAACUAAUAAAUCACAGACCAAAACCACUCUAAGCAUCAUUUCAAUUCAUGUCACAAAUCUAAUAUAUUCAUAAUAAUAUAUAUGAUUUAAAUUCCUCCAAUCUAAAAAUAUCUUUUCUGUGCAUUCUUUGUACUGUAUGCCAUUAUAUAUUUAUUGUGAAUGUUUAUCUGUGCUUAUUUUUGUCUGAUUACCUUUCAAUGAUCAUAUUGGCUAGUUUCUGAUAUAUCAUAAAUUGAAAAAUUGAUUCGCUUCAUUUGCUUAUUGCACAUAAAAUGAUCCACAUUCAUAAGCAUUAAUUUUUAAAUAUGAGAUCAUGUAAAAAUAAGUGUACUCCUGUAUGUAUAUUUUUUUCUGAAACUGAAAUAUCUGUCAAACGGUUACUGAGUUCAUAUUACUUAACUUGUCAAAUUAUUCAAAUUUCUCUUUAAUUUAUGGUAUUAUGUAAUAAUUACAGUAAAAUCAGUGCCAGAUCCCUUCAUUUUUCGUUCCUCUUGACUUUCUUCUUUCAACUCUAAUUUUAAUUCAAAAUUUUACACAAUUUCAAAACAUGAUCUGACAUAUGUCGAAUUAUUUUUUACAUAAGAAAGUCUGAAGGAUCAAGUUUGAAAGUAAUUUUUUCAAAUAACUGAGAAUUCAUAAAUACUGAUGGAGUAACCCACACUUAUUCUUAAAAACUUUAUUCUGUGCAUUCAUAUGAACAAGGUAGGUUAUUACAUGAAAUUGAUUAAUGGCUUCCAGAAUAAUAAUUUCGUUGUUAAAACCGUUUGGCAGAUAAUAAAAAAACAGGUACUCGAUUCAAUACUUCGAAGGGAUGUAUGUCCCUUAUUAGUCAGUUUUAAGAAAAAUAUACAUGAAGUAGACCCUUACUUUUGGACGUACUCAAUUAGCUUUAGAAACAAAUAUAAUUCUGGACGAACUAAUAUAAUUAAAUAUUAUUAUUUGAUAUAUAAGUAGUAAUACGAGGGUUGCUACUUAAGUUUUGAGAGAGAUAAAUAAAACAAAAAUUUAUACUUAGAUAUGGCUUUAUCGGUUUUAAAAAUAUUCUAUAUUAAGAUCAAUCACUUUUGCGUGCGUUUGAACCAAUUAUCGAAGUAUUUUUCCCGUUCCGUUUGAGUUACCUCCAAAAUAUGUGAUUUGAACGCAUCAACCGCUUCUUCAGGUGUAGAAAAACGUUGACCUCGCAAUUUAUUAUUAAUCUGCCGAAAGAAGUAGAAAUCUUUCGGUGCCAAACAAGGACUGUACGACGGAGGACCCAUAAAUUCGAUGUUUCAACUGAUCUAAAACAUUUUUGUUUGAACUGCUGUGUGAGAGCUCAUAUUGACGGGGUGGAUAAUGAUUCGUCUUCUGCGCUUGGUUUCCCUUUUUUUUCAUAAUACUUCUAGCAAACAAAUGCUGCUGUACCAUUUAGAAUCGACCCUUCUAUGUUGCUUUGGAAUGGUGGUGACAUAUCCAGUUAUUCCGAAAAAACAGGCGACCAUUUACUUCGAAGUACACCAAUCGACACGAGCUUUUUUAAGCGAUUGUCGUAUUAUGCGGUUAUCAACGCGAACAAAUCUUGUGACAGACAAAUUUUCAUACAAUAUUGAAUGUAACUAAUCCUCAAGUUUGCCUCAAUUUCACGGCAUGUGGCAAGACGAUCUUGUAAUAUCAUUUCACGCACAACAUCGAUAUAGAAAAGUGCGAUCAAAAUUGAAUUCGGAAAACGAAUGAAAUACGGUGUCUCGAGAUGGUGCUUUAUCACCAAAAGUUGAAACGAAUCUACCGGCACACUGCUUGCACAAAAAAAAACAACUCAAAUAUUCACAUCAAUGUUGCCAUAUCUCUCCGUAGCAACCCUCUUAAAGUAUAUAUACAUAGUUUUCACUAAUUUUAUUCCAUUUUUGUUGCAGUAUUAUGAAAAUCCCGUGAAUUCGAUGUUGCCAAAAUCAAGCCAUCUUCAAGAAAUGCUGCUUUUAGUGAAAAAAGUGAAUCGAGCCUGCGCAAGGUGUUGAAAAUUAAAGUAGUAUUGAAAAGUGGCUGACAGAUCAGAUGUAAGAGGCCAUAUAAAUAUAUAGAAGGAAAACUUUUGAAUAUAAAUAGACCUCUACUGGUCUGGGACUGAAAUCUGUGAUAUACAAAUAUGACCGUUAUUUAUUUUAAAAAAAAUGUGAGUUUAGUUACUUUUUGGUUGCCAAGAAGAAGUAUGUUACUGUGGUUUUCUGCUAUUAAUUUAGUACCUACUGAAAAGACUGAUAUUAUUUUUAGGAAGGUGUAAAUGUCAGAUUUUAUUAGCUCGAGAAUGUCCUUUAAAGUGUAUAUUGUAAAUGUAUCUAUAUAUUAUGGAAUUGCAUAUUUUGCAACAGAUUUUUUUUCUUUAACAUUAAGUGAGUACGUAAGUUCCUUUACAGAGAAUUCGAAAUUGUUGAUUUUUAGAAAAACCAUAAUUUUACUAAUGAAUAACUAAAAGAUAAUUUUCCAUGCAUUUCAUAUGAAAAAUUCAGUUUUACACUGUUAAAUGAUGCAUCUAUAUUAUUUAAAAUGAUAAGUUGAAAAAAGCGUGCCUUACUAUAUAGUUUUAUAUCUAUAAUUGGUAUUGAAAGGAAUAUUGAUGACACUUUCAGUUGAGAGUAACUCUUUGUCUUGUAAAAACUCACUUGACUCAGAGCAUCCUUUCAAAUGGAAAAAUGAUCCUUCCCAAAUAUGAAUUAGUCUCAAUGCACUAAUUUAUAUAAAACAAAUUUCUGAAAAAAAAUUAAAGAUUUAAUCAGGGGCUAUAUUAUAUUGCAACCUUAAACUUCAUUGGACCCCUAUUAUUCUUCCAGUUCCAAAGUUUUAAUGAUCUCCAGUAGGAGAUUUUUCUCAAUACUUCAGGUUUCUCGUCAUACUUUGCAUAUGCUAGAACUAGAAAAAUCCAGAGUAUACCUGGGUCGGCAGUACUUUGUUAGGAAGCUUGUUUUUUUGGAGUUAUCCAGCCUGGAUGAUGUAGUCAAAGUGCUUCUCUAUCAGUUUUCCUAUAUAAGCUUAUUCUUUAUACUUUUCCUAUUAAUUCCUGUCAGUUAAUUUAAUUAUUAGUAACUUGUUUUAUGAACAUUCUAUUCAUAUUAUUACUUCAUUAUUUAUGCUGACAUUUUGUGUUUUCCUUCUUCAGCUUUUGAUUUCUGCUAGAACUUUUUUUGUAGUAUCUAUUUACUUACCACCUUGAUCAUAUCAUAUUUUGUAUUCGAAGAAUAUAUAAAUGAAUGUGAUUUCCAUUUAUAUUAAAAAACUAGAAAGAAAUUUAUGAGUAGAAGAAUACAGCUUCUGAGAAUGGUUCACUGAAGUUUACUAAAUUUGUCUUUCUACAAACACCUGGAUUUUUUGACCAAUAUAAUUUAAAUAUGGCUGUCUAUCCAGAUCUAUGGAUCCCUUUACUGACUGUAAAGUUAUGUGAUAUUUUCUAUUACUCGAUAAGGGUUAUAAUUAUCAUAUUGAUCUUAGUAGAGCUUAGAACUGAUAGUGUGGAUUUAAGUAAGUCAUAUUUUAUAGCUUAAAAGUGAACAAUGCAAACAUAUGUUGUAUCAAUUUCUCCAAUUACUUGAAAUUUUUUAAAAUAUUCAAAACUUUCUCCAAAGGUACUUAUUUCAAAUACCCAUAGAAAGUUUUAUAUAUUACCUAUAACUUAACAUAUUUUUUUAUUAUGUAUAUUAAAAAGUUCUCUAUAAUUUAAAACUCAGUAUAAAACAAUCAUAUAUUUGGAUAAAUUAAUUGUGUAUGAGAUUUGAAGAUGAAGUGUUUUUGUAUAGAACACACUAUUUACUAUUACACCAAAACAUUGUGUGACUUAACCACGUUAUCAUCUUUUGAGACUGAAGGUGAAAGACUUGGUAAUCAAAAUACAUUCUACUUCUAUUUUUGUUAUAUAAAACAUUAUACGAAAAAAUGAUUAAAAUUGAAAAACUUAGUUAUGAAAAUGAACUCUUAUAUAUGAUGAUUUCAAUUAUUAUUAAAUAAAACUCAAGUCAAUUUCAAUGUCACUAUUGUAAAAUAUUCUGAUGGGUGAAUCUUGUUGCUUCAAAAGUAUUAUUGAUCCCAGUGUAGUGUAUAAUAAUUCUGUAUCCCUUUAACAAGUAUGAGUUCUCAGAUAUUUUGACUGGGUUAUCCUUGAAGUGAGUUAUCUUUGUUGAUAAAUAAAAAUAAAGUUGAUAGAAGAUAUUUCAACACUGUUUUAAUUAUUUUCAAUUUUGAUCAUUUUUCAUUCACUUUUGCCACUCCAUUUUCUCUCCAAUUUUUUUAUUCUAUGUAUCGAUGUAUUAUAAAUACUGAGUUUUAAACUCUUCAGAUUAUUUUAAGAGAAAUAAAUGUUUAAUUGAUAAUUAAGUGAAAAAGUCAUGUAUGUUGAGAACUUGAGGAAAAAGUAUAUUUGUAAAAUAUAAAAAAUCGUCCACUGCAAUAUGAAUAGUAGAGUAGGUGUACCGAUUUUACUAGUUGAAUAAUAAAUUUAGAUUAUACUUAAAAGUGCUAUUUUUCAAUUGUCGACUGAUUAAACUUAAUAGAUUUCCUUAUAAUGCUCGAUUAACAGUGUUAAACUGCAUAUCUCACCCUUCUUUAUUAGAUGGUUAUAUUUUUUCGUUUUAGAAAAUCACCAAAAUCAUAUUCAACAAUUUCAAAUUUGUUAAAUUUGCAAUAUGGAGUUGUACCUAUUUUAAAUGUGUAGUUUUUUAGUAUCUACAGAAUAGUUCAUAAAAUUGUAAUAAUAAUGUUUUUAAAUAUAUCACAUAUUUUGUACAAGUUUUUAUCUGUUUUGUGGCCUCACCUUAAUUUUCUUAUAUAAUUAAUGAGGAUGGACUUUUUUAUUAAAUUAUGUAUUGGUAUAGUAUUGUUAAGCAAAGAGAAUAUUUCUUUAUUUAUUGCUAAAUCAUUUUAACAACUAGAAAUAAGUUCUAUUCUUUCUAUCUCUUGUUAACAUUUCCAUUUUUGUCAAUUGGCAACUGUAUGUUUUUAUUCCCUAUAUUAACAAUGAAUAUCAUUUGGAAAAACACCGAGCAAGAUAAAAUUAUUCAAAAAUCUAAAGAUAAUUUUUGUCUCAGUUAAAUUGUUUCACUCUCCAAACUUAUAACAUCUACAAAAUUUGAUAAAUUAAAAUUUUUUUGUAUAGAAAUCAACUGAUUAGAAAUCAUUUUAUUUACUCGGGAGCUUUUACAAAUAAUUUAUUGUUGAUUUAAAUAUCAUAAACCCAUUCCUUCUGAAAUUUGAGGUUUGUAAGAUUGCAUUACUAAAUGUUUCAAUUUAAUUACUAUUUUGGUGAUCCUAAGGUUAUUUUUACAUUAGUGUUCUUUCUAUCUAUUUAUCUAUUGUUGAGUACUUAGUAUAACACCAAUAAUUUUAUAUCCAAAUCUAUUGAAGGGGAUAUGUUUAUCGAGAUAACCUUAUUGGGUCGAACAAAAUUUCUCUUGGUUGUAAAAAUAACCAUUUAUGAAUAUCUAACACAAUUCCCUGGAUGUACCGCUCUUAAUUGCAAUUUUGUAGACCUUAAACUGAAUUUUAAUAUUAUUUUGACAUGUGUUAGUGGAUUUGGGAUAAAUAUGAGUAUAGUGCAUAAGAAAGUUAUUAGAAAUUCUAAUUUCACAAGUUAUAUAAUUACCGUUAAAUUAUAUCACUAGUGAAAUUAUGUCACGGCUUUGAAAAUAUACCUGCGGUGUAUAGAUAUGAAAAAGAUAUUAGGGUUAUUCAGAGUAAACUAAAGUGAUCUCUUAACUUAUUCUUGAGGUACUUUAACUUCAUUAAAAUGACAAAUAUUUGAAAUGGCUAUUAGGUACAUAAAGUGUUUUUAAUACAAAUAUGUCACAGUUCAUUUAUGUCUAUACGACCUUACAGUGUGGUCUAAUUAUUGGAUAAUCGAGGAUUGUCAUCGUUUUAUUUAUAUUGUAUAAAGAAAUAUGGAUGACUGGGCUCGUGUUGAGGAUACUUUAUAUUACGUGCAAAAUAAAAGUACAAAUGAGGCGCCUAGAAUCAAAAUCCGCCAAGUCCACCUCAAGAAAUUUUCGGAAAAUUUGGAAAAAACUGUCACAAACAGACUAAUCAUAAGAAAAUAUUAAUUUUUUUACCAAAAAAUCAAUAGUUUAUUACUUUAUAACUGACAAUGUAUGAUCGAGAUACCUAAAAUAGUUUCAUAAAUAUUUAGAAAAAUUUUACAUCAAUAUUUGGACUGGUUUUUGAUACUAAGAUUGGAAUUAAGCGGGAUUUGAAACCAAAAUAUGCUUAGGCUGCCAAGGGGUUCAGCUAUAAAAGUUAUACUAAUUGUUAGGUUUCCUUUUUUACACUAGCCAAGUAAGAUAAAAUAAAAUUUAAUGUUUUGUAAAAAGUAAACAGUCUUUAUUGUUAUACUAGAUCACACAAUAUCUAUAUCAAUUUCCUCAUCAACGAUAAUGUUUUCAUCUUCUUCAUAGUUGGGACCAUCGGCUUCUUCGUUUUCCAAAUCUCGAUAAAAUUUUAGCGUCUCGAGGUUGCUCCCCCCUUGUUCAAAGUGCUUUGUUAGUAGUUUCGCAACAUCCAUUAUUUUUGCAGCUUCAAGACUAACUCUCUUGUUGAUGGCUUUUGAGUUUAUGUGAGACAUAUUAAACUUUGGUUUUGUGACAAAUUGUGCUUAACAAGCCUCAGUUCUACAAAAGACUUUACCCUGGACUAGAAUGUUAUUUUUUUUCUACUUCUUUUUUAGCAUAACCCUUUUUGAUGGAUUUAACUUGAAGUGCCACAAGUUCGACUUUUUUGCACUUUUUCUUCAAAAAAUAUUGACUUAGCGGUUUUUUGUUCUAGGCACCUUAAAUAUAAAUUAAUGUUUCUGUGUUACCUGCUAGGACAAAAAAGUUCCUACUGUUGAUAAUUAAGAAUAAAAAUUUUAUAUUUUCAAAGUUUUAAAUCGAUAAAAGUAUAUUUUAAAAAUUUAUUUAUACAAGGUCAUUUUAUUGUAAUGUAAGUGGAUAAGAUAGUAAGACUGUUAUAUCUAUCUAUUUACAUUGACUGAAAUUUCAUUCUUUUCUUGAUAGUUGAAGAAAAAGAAACAUAACAUUGAAAUUUAUAAUGAAUAAACAAAUUGAUCUCUUGGUAUAGGAUAUUUAACUAAUUAAUUUGACAAAAAUAUGUCUCACUUCUGGGCUAUUUUGUCGCACUUGUUUGAGUAUCGGAGUUGUUAUGAGAGCAGUGAAUUUAAAAAUUAUGAAUACAAUCGAAUUGUUUUUCCAUGAAAGCUGUAAAGCUUAUUUCUAGUUCUAUAGAUUUAUUUUACUUUUUAUAAUGAACACAUUGUGAAAAAUGUUUUCUCAAUCAGAACUGUUAUUUUCAUAAGCUGUUAAAAGUGUGUUGAGUUUAUAGAAGUUAACCUAAAUAUUUCAGAUUAUAUUAUCAGAAGAUUUUUUCGAAAAGCCUGAUAUUGACGUUGUAUAUAUAAUUAUUAUUGCAAUAAAAAAUCUUAUUAACUGAUGUUAUAGUAUUACAAAGAGCUUCCACAAAUAUAAUAUGCUAUUUUUCUAUUGAUGUACAAAUAUAUAUUAUGAACUAUUUUGUAUGUUUUAUUCUUAUUUCAUUGUAUAUAUAUUUUUAUCACUUGUUAUUAUUCAUUCUAGUGCUUUUUAUAAGACUAAUAAAUGUUACUACUAAUUAUUACUGAGAAAAUGUUUUCGCGAAUACCUACGAUUUUGUAAUUUGUAAAUCGUUAUGUACCUUCGUAGGUUAUAUUUGCAGAAAUUUGUUGAAUAAAUAUGUUUUAAAUAUUUUUUAAAAA